AUGCUAUUCAUUGUAUACUUUAUUAUUUUGAAAUAUCUUCCAUCAGUAAUUGGUAUACAAUUCCCUUUAACAACUAUAGCAUGCUUUUAUGGAAAAUAUGAAAUGUCUCAAAAAAACUUUUGUACAAGUAAUGAAUGUUAUACACAAAUUCAUUACACAUCAAAUGGAUUAAAAAUAAGAAGAGGAUGUGUCAAUAAAGGAAUGGAUUUAUAUCAAUUUGAAAAUGAUUCUUCAUAUGAAAUAUUUUAUUGUAAUUCAGCAUCAUUUUGUAAUAAUCAUACAGGUCAAAUCUCAAAAUUUAAAACAUCAAGUAACUCAUCUGGAAAAAAUUAUGUUAAAAUUAUGUCUUGGGGAAUAAAUACAUUUCAUAAUAUAACUCAAAAAAUAAAAAAAUGGUUUUAUGGUUAA